UCAAUUCGGUUUUUAUUUUCAUAUAAUUUUAAUAAAAAUUUAUAGAAUUCGUAAAUUAAAUAUUGUGAUUGAAUUUCGGCAUUUAUUUUCAUAGUUUUACAAAAUUUCUAAUAUAUUUUUGAAAUUUGAAAUUAUUUCGUGAAUCGAAAUUUUGGAUUGAAGGAAACUCAGGAUGGCGCCAACCAACUUCUCGACCAUGAUUAACCAGGAGCAUCUCUGGCCGGAGAACGCCGGCAAGACAUUGGAACAGCUCCGUGCCAAUAUGCAGCCCUUGAACCAUUUCAUGAAGAAACGUGUCGUCCGCGAAGGGGACAUGAACUACGAAUGCUAUCCCCACGGCAUUAAGCUACAGAUGCGUUUCUGCGGCUACUUCGAUGAUGACCGACGCGACCUGGGCACCCAAUGGGAAAUGGAUUUUGAAACUGGGCAACAUCCUUAUCCGGGAUUCUUCUGGUGUUUCAAUGAAGCCCUGACCUCGAUGCGACCAAUGGAGAUAGCCGAGUAUUCCAUCGAUCGUGAGAUGCUACAUGCCCAACUGAAUAAUGAUCCGAGGUACCAGCAGAACGAUGGCAUCUUUUCGCUCGAGGUCCUGCAUGUGGAGAACAUGCAUAUGGUGCCGCUUCGACAGCCCCAAUCCACAUCCAGUGUCCAGGACUCGUCGCAGUCACCGCCGCAGUGCCAGUGCCAGACCCAGGCCCAGACCCAGACCCAGACCCAGGAGCAGACCCAGUCCCAAACCCAGUUCAUGGGCGCUUACAACAAAGCGGAGAUUGUGCGUCGCCGGGCCGAGGAUGCAUUGAAUGGAAACAAAUUCCAGCAAUCGGUGCAGCUGUGCGAAGAGGCCACUAUGCUCCUGAGACAGUUCAAGACCGAAAAUGAGGAGGAGCAGGCGAAGCGUUUCAACAUGCUGGUAACCAUAUCGAACCUAUUGCUGGAGUGCUACGAAAAGAGGGGUAAUUAUUGGCAUGUUACUGGUAUUAUGCGUGAGCUACGACGCCUCACCGACCAUUUGCCAUCCUUCGCAGCCCUUGUCCACGAAGGUAAGCAGCACGAGGACCUCGGAGAGCUGGAGCAGGCCCGCGAGACCUUCUUGGAGGCCCUGCGCGUCAAUCCGACUACCAUUACCAUUCACGAGCUGAUCGCUAACAUCGAUGCCAAAAUCUUGGCAGAGGUGCAGGCUGGCAAGGAGAGGGAAGCCAAGGAGCAGGCUGACAGGAAGGCUGCAGCCAAGGAGCGGGCUGCCAAGAAGAAGGCUGCCAAGGAGGCUGCACUGAAGAAGGAGGAUGACGUUGUCUUUCUUCCAGGACCCGAGUCCCCCACUAAUGGCAGCGAGGAAUCCAUUGGCUCCGGAAAUCCCCAGCAACGUUAAGAGGACCUUCCAAAACCGGAAAUCCCCCAAUAAUUGCAGCCAGGUAUCCGGAAAUCCCCCAGAAGCAGGCGUAUCUCGUUAUUUAGUUACAGAUGUUAUCUCGUUAUGCAACCCAUACAACGUAUUUUUUCGAUGGAAGCUUGAAAAUUCAAAAUUUUCCCAGCCAUAUCUUUGGAAUAACCAUGUACCUCAGUGGCUAUAUGCUUCCCCCCAUCAUGUUUUGUCUAAAUAAGCCUCUAAGAGGCUCUUAAAUUAUCUGUAUUGUAAUAAAAAUACGUUUAUGGGUUAAAUUUA